AUGUCGGAAGGAGAUGUCAUGCCUCCUAAGGGCCCAGUGGUCGCAGAGGCCCAUGAAGUAGACACCUUCCAUGUCCCCCAGGCUUUCCACAAGAAGCACCCUACCAGGCCACAUCUGAGUUUUGGAGAAUACAAGAAGCUCUAUGAAGAAUCAAUUCGACAGCCCGACGUCUUCUGGGCUCGAAUGGCACGCGAGCUCCUUACCUUUGAAAAAGACUUCCACACCACACACGUCGGCUCCUUCGAGCACGGAGACAACGCCUGGUUUUUGGGCGGCAAGCUGAACGCUUCUUUCAACUGUGUUGAUCGCCAUGCCAUCAAGAACCCGGACAAAGUGGCCAUUAUCUACGAGGCCGAUGAGCCCAGUGAGGGCCGCAGCAUCACAUACGGAGAGUUGCUCCGCGAGGUAUCCAGAGUUGCUUGGGUGCUCAAGUCGCAAGGUGUUCGCAAGGGUGACACCGUUGCCAUUUAUCUUCCUAUGAUUCCCGAGGCGCUCGUUGCUUUCUUGGCUUGCGCGCGUAUUGGUGCCGUCCACUCCGUGGUUUUCGCUGGAUUUUCAUCCGAUUCAUUGCGUGACCGCGUUCUCGAUGCAAACUCCAAGUUUGUCAUUACUGCCGAUGAGGGCAAGCGUGGUGGAAAGAUUAUUGGCACAAAGAAGAUCGUCGACGAGGCUUUGAAGCAGUGCCCCGACGUCACAAAUGUUCUUGUCUUUAAGCGCACCGGCGCCGAUGUCCCAUGGACCAAGGGUCGUGACUUGUGGUGGCACGAGGAGGUCGAGAAAUACCCCAACUACAUUGCUCCUGAGACUGUGGACUCCGAGGAUCCUCUUUUCCUUCUAUAUACGUCCGGUUCUACCGGUAAGCCCAAGGGUGUCAUGCACACAACUGCCGGUUAUUUGCUUGGCGCUGCCAUGACUGGCAAAUAUGUCUUUGACAUCCACGACGAUGAUCGCUAUUUCUGCGGUGGUGAUGUGGGUUGGAUUACUGGCCACACCUAUGUCGUCUACGCUCCUUUGCUUUUGGGUGUGGCAACUGUCGUGUUCGAGAGUACUCCUGCCUACCCUAACUUCUCGCGUUACUGGGAUGUUAUUGAGAAGCACAAAGUUACUCAAUUCUACGUUGCUCCCACUGCACUUCGUCUGCUCAAGCGUGCUGGAGAUGAGCAUAUUCAUCACAAGAUGGAGCACCUUCGUGUGCUCGGAUCUGUUGGUGAACCUAUUGCCGCUGAGGUUUGGAAGUGGUACUUUGAGAGUGUCGGUAAGGAGGAAGCUCACAUUGUCGAUACUUACUGGCAAACCGAAACCGGAUCAAACAUCAUCACUCCAUUGGGUGGUGUUACUCCUACCAAGCCUGGCAGUGCAUCUCUUCCAUUCUUUGGCAUCGAGCCCGCUAUUAUUGACCCUGUAUCUGGCGCUGAGAUUACCGGAAACGACGUUGAGGGUGUUUUGGCUAUUAAACAACCAUGGCCCAGCAUGGCUCGUACCGUCUGGGGUGCUCACAAGCGUUACAUGGACACAUACCUGAAUGUGUACAAGGGCUACUACUUCACUGGCGAUGGAGCUGGCCGUGACCACGAAGGAUACUACUGGAUCCGUGGCCGUGUUGACGAUGUCGUCAAUGUUUCCGGUCACAGGCUUUCAACUGCUGAGAUUGAAGCUGCUCUCCUUGAGCAUCCUAUGGUCGCGGAAGCCGCCGUCGUUGGUGUUGCUGAUGAGCUCACCGGACAAGCUGUAAAUGCCUUUGUCUCGCUCAAGAGUGGCAAUGAAUCUACCGAGCAAGUCCGCAAAGACCUCAUCAUGCAAGUACGGAAGUCAAUUGGACCUUUCGCUGCUCCCAAACAAAUCAUCCCCGUUGAUGACCUUCCCAAGACUCGCAGUGGCAAAAUCAUGCGUCGUAUUCUCCGCAAGAUUCUUAGUGGCGAGGAGGAUAGCCUUGGCGAUACUUCUACGCUCUCGGAUCCUAGCGUCGUGGACAAGAUCACCGAAGCAGUCAAAGCUCUGCGCAAGUAA